CAUCUCUGAUGGGGACUAACUGUUAACAUGAGCGUGUCAGAAAUACACCGUGGGACUCUUCGCAAGUACGGUGGAUUUGUGUUCAAACAGUGGAAGGAGAGGUACAUGGUACUGUCCGCAGAUGGCGUUCUGCUGGUGUGUCGCGACGCAGCGUCUCCUCCAGACCAGAUGGUGGCACUGCAGGGAGGCUGUGAGGGCAUUGUGGAGGGCAGGGAGAUCCUGGACCUCCCGAAGCUGCCUACCAGGGGACGGAGGGACUGCUGCUUUGCCCUCAUCCUGCCCCUCGACAAGUUCCUGCUCCUGAUGACUCACACACCUGAGGAGUGCAGCCAGUGGCUUAACAUGCUCAGGAAGGUGAGAGAGAGCGUCUCGAUGUCACGCCCCUGCAGACGGCACCUGACUCGGUCUCCCUGCAUCACAGACAGAGAUCCGCUUCCAGACCACGUCACCGAGAAAGACCCUCAAACUCCCCCAGUUAGCGACACAGAAGCACCGUCACCGGGCCCAAGCACAGGAGACGCCACAAAAAAGGAGAAGGGCAAGAAAUCCCCGCGGUCAAAGAGAAACGGGUCUGGGCGGUCGUCAGGUUGCCUCCGCCACGGCAGUAGCAACGACGCUAAAACUGUCCGGGCGGUUUACCUGCUGAUGGGCGGUGCAGCUGCAUCCUCUGCCAUGGGCUACCUCGGCGCCUGCUCUUCCUCCAACCUGGAGACCAGGGCUCCCGACAUUCCGGUGACCACAAACUUCUCCGAGAUAGGCUCCGGAGGGGCAUACCACACCUGCAGCCACACGGCCGACUCACCCCAUUUCCAUAGUUUCGACUUCGAGGCGGGAGAUUCGGACUUUGACGCCUUUGACUGUGGCGGAUUUGCAUUCUAG